AGUGCGCGUGUGAUAGAGGUUCAUUUUGAGGCGCUGUGUGACUAAUUCAUUGAAACGAAACCACAUCAUUCGACGUCGAGUGCCCGUGCGAUUACUGACUGUAGGAAUAAAAUAUUUCGAAAAAUGGCCGCAGAUCCUCAUGAAUCGUCGGGUCUGGACAACUGGGACGAUAUAGAAGAUCCCGGACCCGGUCUUGCUAACCAGUUUUCGUCGCUAAAUGUGGCAGCAAAACCCUUCAUACCGAACAUGAAUGCACCGGCAUUUGUGCCAUCAUAUGGCAAUGCCACAAACACAAAACCGGAUUUAGAUGCCACAGGGAAUGUACCAACAGAUGCAGCUCAGAACAGCGCAGGGUUCGGUAACGAGGAUGCAGUCGUCAUGGAAGCGCAGGAACAGGAGGAGGAGGAACUAGAGGAGGAAAUAGAGGAGGAGGAAGAGGAAGAGGAAGCCAUGCAAGAGGAUGAAGUUCCUGUACCAGAAGCUUCUGUCAAGGAUAAUGGAUCAAUGAAAGCCUUUAUCGCACCCAAGCCUUCCAAGCAACAAGCUGUUAGAGAAGAAGAACCAGAAUCCAAGAAGGAGCAUGUUAAUGUUGUUUUCAUUGGUCACGUUGAUGCAGGAAAAUCCACCAUUGGAGGUCAUAUAAUGUAUCUUACAGGAGGUGUAGACAAGAGGACACUAGAAAAAUAUGAAAGAGAGGCUAAAGAAAAGAACAGGGAGAGUUGGUACUUAUCAUGGGCAUUAGAUACCAACCAAGAGGAACGCGAUAAGGGUAAGACGGUGGAGGUCGGGCGAGCGUACUUUGAGACGGAAAAGAAACAUUUCACAAUCCUGGAUGCCCCGGGCCAUAGAAGCUUCGUACCCAACAUGAUCGGUGGUGCUGCCCAAGCUGAUUUAGCUGUACUGGUAAUAUCUGCCCGAAAGGGUGAAUUUGAAACAGGUUUUGAAAGGGGAGGUCAGACAAGGGAACAUGCAAUGUUAGCGAAGACGGCAGGAGUCAAGCAUCUAGUCAUUCUCGUUAAUAAAAUGGAUGACCAUACAGUAGAGUGGUCAGUCAAAAGGUACGAAGAGUGCAAGGAGAAGUUGCUUCCGUUCCUCCGCAAGGUCGGCUUCAAUCCCAAAAAAGACAUUCAUUUCAUUCCUGUGUCGGGGAUCACGGGGGCCAACCUCAAGACGGAGUCCGACCAGUGUCCCUGGUACACCGGCGCACCGUUCAUCAAGUACAUAGACGAUCUACCCCCACUGCCUGCCAGGAACUCUCAGGGACCUCUACGGUUACCCAUCACAGAUAGGUACAAGGACAUGGGUACGAUCUUACUAGGUAAGGUGGAAUCUGGGAACUUACGGAGAGGAGGAACAUAUACCCUAAUGCCCAACAAAACAAACGUAGAAGUCCUUCAAAUCAUCUCAGAUGAAGACGAAACCAACUUUGCAAGAACAGGAGAAAACGUCAAACUAAAAGUUAGGGGGGUAGAAGAAGAUGACGUGUGUCCUGGUUUUGUCCUGUGUGAUACGACAGAUGUGUGCCAUACCUCCAAAAUGUUUGAUGCACAGAUUGCAAUUGUAGAAUAUAAGUCCAUUAUCUGUCCAGGUUAUGGUGCAGUGCUUCACAUCCAUAAUGCCUGUGAGGAAGUUCAAAUCACCAAAAUCAUUGCUCUGAUAGACAAGAAGACGGGGGCCAAGACGAAGCAGCGACCGCGCUUCAUCAAGCAGGAUCAUGUAGCCAUUGCAAGGCUGGAGACAACGGGAGUCCUCUGUAUGGAAACCUUCAAAGAAUUCUCACAAAUGGGCCGCUUCACUCUCAGAGAUGAAGGUAAAACCAUUGCAAUCGGCAAGGUGCUGAAGCUGCUGUAGAUCUCAACCACCGGACAUUGUCGCAAUACGAGUCACACCCGAGACACUUAUCGCCAAUAACAGUUCCAAACUAAGCCACCACCAAAGCAAGAAACACCUCGUGGUGACCCUCACAUCAAGUGCACUCCAGUAAACACUAUCCUUUGGGGCAAACUGCAUCACCUGGAAUGAACAACGGCAACAUCAGAAGCAGCAACUCCAUCAAAACACUUCAUUGUUCACUCUCACUCCAAGCGAACAUGCUCUGUUCAAUCUUGAUGAACGGUCAAGGACUUCAGAGAAGCCAGUGCUCUAAUAAGGAAACACGAGAAGAGCAACGUCAUGGAGAUGGUUGCUUGACAUGCGAGCCUGUAGGGAUAGGUGUGCCUUACUAGCUAUUUAGCGGCCAAAUACAGAGCUCACAAAGUGGAACGUGGACAUGACAAACGCACGGCUUGCAUGGACUUCAGGAGCCCUAAAUAGUUAUUCCAGUCCAUGUUGUAUAAAUGGAAUCGAUCAACACGUAUUAAAAUAUUCCCGUAGUAUGAAUUUGUUUUGGAGAGAGAA